GUGAGUGGACGUGGAUGGCUCAUUAGCCGUGGACAGGUAUGACGUUACAAGUGGUAUCAUAAGUAAUUAUAAUUCUGAAUGCAUUUUUUUAGAUAUUUUUUUAAAAAAGUUGGUAAAAAUUUCUUUGUCCAAUGGCAUAAAACAUUGAGUAAUUUAGUUAUCUUAUCUUAAAAUUAAUUAUAAAGUUUAAUAAUAAAUACUUGAAUAAUAUUUUUGAUAAAUAUAAAAAAUCUUGUUGCUAACUACUAUUUUGUUUACUAGUUUAAUUAUUUUCUCUAUUAUAAUAUGUAUGUAUUAUUUUUUUUAAGCAACCAUAAAUGCUCGCACGGUUCUAACAAAGAGGUAACCGGAGGCGGUAUCUCCAACGACGGUAAUGAGAACAACUGUCUACCGGAGAGAGAGAAGUGGAAUAAAAACCAUUAUCCUUUUAUAACUCUAUUUGACAAAACCAAUUUAGACUCUUUCUCCUUGUUGCAACUCUAUUUUUCAAUUAUGUCUUCUCAUCCUCUUCAGAGAUCUCUAAUGGUUACCUCUAUGAGACCUGUCCUGUCGUCUUUUGAAGAGUCAACUAUGCUCAAAGGCUCGAGACUUGAGAACGACUUAUUGGUAGAGGCAACUUGGUACAUGGAAUCUAUCAGCAUAGAAUCUUCACUUGACUAUAAAAAAGUUGAGUCACCUCUUUUGUUGCAUGUUCUUUUAUUCUUUCGAGUUGUUUGCUAAUCCGCAUCAAAUCAUUUUAUUUUAAUAUAGUCAUAAUUUCAUACGACUGCAUGAUUUGGAUGUUUAAAAAUUAUUAUAGUUCAGCAAAAGUGUACGAUCAUAUAGUAAUACUAAAGGUUGAUAUGCCUAACAAGUAACAAUUGUUCAGCAAAAUUAUUUUAGCUGGUCAAGAGUUAUGUGCCUAACAUUUUCUGAAACUUUUCUUUUUGGUCGACUACAAACUCGCACACAUUCUCAGAUUUUAACUCUGUUAUGAUUCAGCAGUAACUUAAGUACAAACCAAACCAGUAGGCUGUAACAUAUAAGACCACCCGCAUCGGGGGUUUAUGAGGGAGUCAUGGGCUCGGUAUCAUAGGGCUUUUCGAUUAAAAAAAAUAAAUAAAUGGGUUUCAACCCGUGAACCGGGUCUUCCAAGUGAGCCCGUAUGAUACGGGGUCAUGCCACGCGGCGCAGAGGGAGUGGCUACGCGAUCUCGCGUGUUGAGUGAGAAAAAAAGGGUAUCGCGUGAAAGAUCCCAUUUUCUCUUCUCUCUUCGAAAUCUAGGGUUUCUCUGUCUCUGAGGCGAUUUCGUGUCGGAGUCCAGAGCCGGAGCUUUUCUCGAUCAAUUCGUCGUCGGAGUCACUCGUAAACGCUCUCAGAUGGAUCCCGAAGCAGAGAUAAGAGACACAAAGAGAAGAAAGGAGCACAUCGAUAUGCUUUCAAUCGUGUGUGAUUCAGAACACGGCAUUCCGACGAGGUGUCCCUGCGGUGGGAGUAUAAUUCACGAGGUUCGUGGGAAGGAGGAAUACGACACUCUCCCCGGCAAGCGUUUCUUCACCUGCAUAAACUACGAGGCUGAUGGUUUUCAUUAUCGUCAGCCUUGGGUCAUUGGUGUGCAGGAGCAUAUCGAACGGCUCACAAGUCGUGUGGAGGAGGUGGAGGCGGUGAUCAAGUGGCUGCCGGAAGUGAAUAAUAAGAUUAAGAGUCUGGAGGCAGAGGUAAAAGCCCUCACUGUGGAGGUUGAUAGGCUCACUGGGAAGGUUUAUAACCUGACCGUGCAAGUGGAUCACUUGGAGAAAUGCUGCUUCGACUGAAAACACAAAGGUCACGGGUUCAAGGAGGAGGAUGCGUGGAUGGUUGCAGGUCUCUGUUUCUUUAUGUAUCAAAUCAAGUCACGGGUGGUAAUGUAGUAGUAGGUGGUUGUAGUGGUAGGGUAUGUAAGAUGGAAUCACGGGAGAGUGUAGUUUUUUUCAACUUUCUACACUCGUUUUAUGUAUCAAAUCAUGGGCAUGUCCCAAGGCUUUACUUUUGUACUCACGGGUGUAUGUACCCACAUGCUACUUGCUUCAAUGUUUUUCUAUAUAAAUGACUAUGUGUUUCAUUCAUGCAUUUUAUCAAAACUAUCUUACCAUCAAACUAUCAAACAAGAAUCACCAAUCAACACAAGGAAUCAACUCUACUACUACUCAACCCCACGGAUCAUCUCUACCAUUCAACAAAGGUAAGUUGAAAACCAAAAAUUCUUAGUAAAGUUAUAACCCAAAAAACUAAGGUUAAAACCCAAAAUAAA